AAAUUUGAAAAAAUAUCGAAAUUAAGGAAACUCCAAUGUACAAAUUCUGGCGAGGCGCGAUAAAAAAAUCGCCAGCCCCGAAACUGGCCUCGGCUCUCGCGUGUGCGUACGAGUUCGAGUCAACGACUCACUCACCUCGUCGAGUUGACCGUAAAUCCUCAGUGAUCACCAUUUCAGUCCAAACCGAUCUCUAAUUGAUGUCUCCGAUGGCUUCAAGUUCCUCUUCCAAUUCAAUCCUUCCAGUCUCCGUAUCUCCACUCGACGAUGAGAGGCAAAGAGAGAAAGAGAGACUGAUCAAGGGGGACGAGAAGGCCUUCAGAGGAUCUUCAAUGACUAAGAGAGGAGCUUAUGCUGCUAUUUCUUACAUGUCGUGUGCAGUGCUUUUGGUAUUGUUCAAUAAAGCAGCUCUUUCUUCUUAUAACUUCCCUAGUGCAAAUGUCAUAACAUUAUUUCAGAUGAUAUGCUCGUGCUCUUUUCUGUAUGCAUUGAGACGCUGGAGAAUUAUAUCUUUCACUGAUGGUGGAUCUUUAACUACUUCUGAUGUCAACGCUACUUUUGUACCACUGGAGACAUUGAUGCACACCCUACCUCUUGCAUUGACUUAUUUGCUUUACAUGCUAGUUACAAUGGAGUCUGUCCGUGGGGUAAAUGUUCCCAUGUAUACCACCCUAAGGCGGACAACAGUGGUAUUUACAAUGAUAAUGGAGUAUAUUCUGGCAGGGCAAAGAUAUACACGUCCAAUUUUUGGAAGUGUUGGGUUGAUAGUUCUUGGUGCAUUUAUUGCUGGAGCACGGGACUUGUCAUUUGACUUCUAUGGCUAUGCUGUUGUCUUCGCAGCCAAUUUUACAACGGCUAUAUAUCUGGCAACCAUAAGCCGUAUUGGGAAAUCCAGUGGCCUAAAUAGCUUUGGCCUUAUGUGGUGCAAUGGAAUUAUAUGUGGACCGGUUUUGUUAUUUUGGACAUUUAUCCGUGGCGAUUUGGGGAUGACAAUGAAUUUCCCAUAUCUGUUUUCCCUGGGUUUCUUGGCUGUAUUGCUUCUUUCAUGUAUCCUGGCUUUCUUCUUGAAUUACAGUAUCUUCCUGAACACAACUCUCAAUUCAGCACUCACACAAACAAUUUGUGGUAACCUUAAGGAUCUUUUUACCAUUGCACUUGGCUGGACUAUUUUUGGUGGGCUUCCUUUUGAUUUUUUCAAUGUCAUUGGGCAAUGCCUUGGUUUUGCUGGCUCCGGUUUGUAUGCCUACUAUAAGCUCAUAGGGAGGUAAAUGCACAAACUAUAGAGACCCUUGCUUCACAGGAUGUUCCCGCCUGCUAUAGGUUCUUGGAAGAGACCUAACUAUGUCGAGGAGGUUUUUGUUCGAUAGAAGGUCACUGAUUCAAAAAGCAUAUUCUGGGAACCACCAGGCCCCGACUCCAAAACUGACUACCAUUUUUAGAGCUUUUAUUUAUGUUUUCUCGGCAACAUUGCAAGUGUCUCGGUGUAUCAGCCGGACCUCUGAUGAUGUUGAAAUAUGCUUAUGAUACUAUCCUAACUAGCCAUUUUUCCUUGUAAAAGACUUGCAUGUUCCAGUGACUUCAACCUGUCGAAGUCCGUGUAUAUGAUUGCAAUUUGUAAUGGAGCUUGACUUCAGAGUUCAUAGAACGCCUUAUGCUUGAGAGAAUUCUGUUA